UAUAGUUUGUGACUAUGGCAGCACGUUCAUUGCUACAAACAAUAACUUUGUUGUGAAUUCCACAAAUAGAGAACGAACUGUAAUAUUUAUGAAUUAACCGGUACGAAUUAAAAGCGGCAGGAUGAUUUUCAGAUUUUGAAAAAAGUUCGUUUUAUGUCGUUUCGAACGUAACUCAUAAACAAUGUCAGUAUUCUUUGUGAAUGCUAACCAAGACAGCGAAGUCGAAGGGGAUUCCAAUGGAGACCUACAAAUUGCAUCACCUGGCAGUUCUGAAGCCCAACAAGCUUUGGCACAGUUCUGGCCAAAAGUCACAGAAGAAAUUAAAAAGAUUACUACUAUGGACCUGAAAACACAAUCUUUGCCAUUGGCUAGGAUAAAAAAAAUAAUGAAGCUGGACGGUGAUGUAAAGAUGAUAAGUGCAGAAGCCCCCAUGUUGUUUUCCAAAGCAGCAGAAAUUUUUAUACACGAAUUGACCCUUAGAGCAUGGGUUCAUACAGAGGAUAAUAAGAGACGUACGCUUCAGCGAAAUGAUAUAGCAAUGGCUAUUACUAAGUACGACCAGUUUGAUUUUCUAAUCGAUAUAGUGCCUAGGGAUGAAUUAAAACAAAGCAAAGCACAGACUGAAAGUACCGUACGUACAUCUAUGAACUCGGACCAAGUACAUUACUACUUUCAAUUAGCGCAACAACAAGCAUCAGCUAACCAAAAUGUACAAAGUAGUAACACAAAUACACAACCUAUACAAAUUGUUCAACCUUCUACUGGACAAAUUCAGACAAUUAAUAUAGGUAGUCCGGUAGAACAGGAAAAUACUAAUGCAAAUACAACGCAGGCGGUAACAGUGCAGAAUGCACAGCAAUCAUCGGGACAACAAAUUAUACAGUUACAGCAGGCUCAACAAACACCCACUACUCAAACCGGAGGAAUACAAAUUGUCCAACAAAUUGUAACACCCAGUGGAGAAAUUCAGCAAAUACCUAUACAAUUAACACCUCAACAACUUCAAAUGAUUCGUAUGCAAGUACAGGGUGGAAGUAAUCAACCAAUUAUAAUUCAAACUGCUCCUAUACAAGCGCAACCUCAAUUAAUACAAGUGGCGCAAGGCGCUCAAGCACCUGUCUUUUUACAAACUAGCGGAACUGACAAUGAGUAAAUGUUAAUUAAUUUUAAGGAAUAUUUAAUGUUUAGUACAACAGUCCUAAACACAAAAA